GCUAAAAUGGAUUAAAAUAUUCAUGUAAGACCCUUACACAUAUGAGUCUGUAUCUUCAUGAGAACAGGAGAGAGAUAGAGGAAGAGAUGAUUUUCAAAAGAUAAACAUAGAAAAAGAGAAACUCAAAUUAAUCAAAGAUAUAAUAUAAUGUGUAUUUAUAGAUCAGAUCACAUCUUUAAGCUUCUUCUUCUCCUUCUUCGACUUCUUUUCUCGUCUAUACUCUUUCUCUUCUCUUCUCGUCUAUAGACCAGAAAACAAAUCUGGGCUUUUGUUUUUGUUGAUGUCUUCAUACAGAGAAGUAUUUCAAUCAGGAUCCAUGGCUUUUGAGUAGGUUAAUGUAUUACACGAUCACAAAUUAAGGGCUAAUUUUAUAAAUUUUAAAAUGGAGGACGAAAGCCAAAAGCCGCAUCGAGUGUCACGUAAAUUAGAGCAGAGUGGAUCCCACUGUAGUAGUCAAGGAGCCGAUGAAGAGUCGAGAUCAGCCAGAUGCUCCCGGAAAAGGUGCCGGUCUUGGGCGGCGGCGGGGAUCGCUGACUGCGUGGCGCUCUGCUGUUGUCCCUGCGCCGUGGUGAACCUCCUCACCCUCGCCUUCGUUAAGGUCCCCUGGAUGAUCGGGCGGAAAUGUAUCGGCCGGAGUAAGAAGAAACGGAGGAAUCGGGAGGAUCGUUUACAUAAGCAGCAGCAGAAGCGGAGGUCGACAGAGAUGGUGAGCGGUGGCGGAGAUGACGACCACCGGUUUGUGGUGGAGAGAGAUGGGAGUUUGACGAAGGAGGAAGAAGAAGAAAGAAGGGGGUCGUCGUUAGAAGAAGAGACGAGGAUAAGUGCGAGAGUGGAAGCAGAGAGAGUUUGGUUGGAGUUGUAUCAGAUUGGUCAUCUUGGCUUUGGUAGAGUCUCCUUCACUGGAAUUCAAUCAAUUCAUCAUCAGUAGUAACCAAUAGAGUCAGAGAGAUACAUAUAUAUAUAUUCAUAGCUAAGCUAGGCGUAUCAUUUCCAAAACAACAUCAAAACAGUACUACUAUAUACUACAUAAAAAUUGUUUUGUGAAAUUCUUUUAGUGCAGCAAAUAAAAUUUCAAAAUUACAUAUUUCAGAUUUCUCACCCACAAGCUAUUAUUUAAGAGAGAGAGAAAAAAAUGUACAUGGUUAAAAGUUUUUUCAUACGCAUAUAUAAAAUAUGUAGUAUAGAUAUGGGCUCACUCGUUCGGGCCCAUAUUGUAGGGCUUGCACAAUGAUUAGCAGAAAAGGGUAGUUUGGGAAAU